AUGGUAGGAUAUGCAAAUGAACCAUAUUCGGAAGAGACGACUUAUGAAGAAUUCCUUCCAACGUCUGUCGAGCCGGGAUUAGCAGGGGUACCAAUGUGGGCAAUAUGGUCAUUCAUCGCAUGUGCGGUUUUAAUCGUUGCUGUUCUUCUACUUGACUAUUGCGUUAUUCGUCGGAAUGCUUUGGGAAAUACGUGCUGUACAAGAGCUCGUCAGAAGCGCGGAACCGCGAAUGCCGCUCAUCAAAAGCGUUCGACAAAUAUGCUGCUCAAUGUAUGA